CUUAAUAGAGCUAAACGGCGCAGUCUUUUCUACCAAGCUCAAACAUUUAUAAAAUAUUGAUUAAAAUAAUUAAAAACAAAUUCAGAGGAAAAUUAAAAAACAAGCGCUGAUCUCAUCACUUCAAAUUGCAGCCCGUUCUAUGUGAUGGUGGUGGGGGAACCUACCUCUUGCCAUCCCCACCACUGUGGCCGGGGAUGACCGCAUUCUACCUGAGGCGGUUGGACACAGACCCCGUCAGUUGCCCGUUUGUCAGUAUAGAGGUGACAGUGGUUGAGUAGCGUUCUCGUUUUAAAUAAAGUGUACGCUUUAAAGAUAUCUUGUUAUUUUAAGAGUGUAGUUUUUACAGUGUUUUUAUAGAAUUAUAAGGCAGUGUUUCAUCAUGGGCCGACGCAAGAGUAACAGAAAGCCUCCUCCAAAAAGAAAGGCGGUUGUGCCCUUGCCAGUAGAGUUCAACUGCCCAUUCUGCAAUCACGAGGGAUCGUGUGAUGUGACGAUGGAUAGAGGACGUAGAUCUGGGAGGAUAGCGUGUCGAGUUUGUUUCGAGGACUUCCAGACAACCAUCCACUUCUUGACAGAACCUAUUGACGUCUACAAUGAUUGGAUAGACGCGUGUGAGACUGCCAACUGAAUCCCCACUGCGUAUGCAUUGCGGUAAGAGACCUAAAUUAAAUUAGAUAUAGAUAAUAUUACGGCAAUUAUAAUUUCUGUGAAAUCAACUGUAUAUUUAGUUUGCAACCGUAAAAACAGAGAAAUAGACUUUUAC